AUGGCAAUUAGCUUCUUUCUCACUGUCUUUUCGCCAUUUUACAAUUGUUUUGGAUACACUGGCGAGGCUUCCAAUUCAUCCAACCCAGAUGCUUUGGCACCUGUAUUCGAAGAUGGCCCAACACAAAUUGAUGGCUGCUCCGGUUACCGAAGACAUUACAUAAAAGGAAAACUUCCGAACAACAAAUACCAGGUGGCGUGCCAAAUGAGUCAGUGUUACUUCAACUCAGGUGGAGAUACAGCUACAUUGAAUUGGAUAGAGUACAUUAUUAUUGGAGAGGGCGAGCUGUGCAGAUCAAAGCGUGGAAAAGAGCUGUUAGACGAUUAUCUACUCUGCAAGGGCUAUCACAUUGUCUGUCUGUAA